UAGCGUCGGAGAUCGAACCUCGAUUAUUCACACCGGCACCCGCGCAACCAGCCAAUCACAACGGCGUAGCCGAACCACGUGGUUACCGUCUUGCCGGCUACGUUACGAAGGACGUGAAUAAAAGUUGUUGUCACGCGUGUUCGAUCUUCGCGCCGAAUACGUCUGUUAGCACGCGUUUGAGUCGCGACAGUGUCCGAAAGCUAUUCCCCUCGGGUUGCGCUCACAUCUUGCACGCGUCGGGCAUGAAUGAGGAGGCGAAUUCUGCCGGUGCGAAGACGCACGUGGCGCGAGAUGCGAGGGAGGAGAAAAAUAACAUUCUAACCGCCUACCAUACCCUGAGAUUCUCAAAGGAGGACAGGAGCUGCCUCGACGUCGCCGACAUCGAACGCAGGUCUCUCGCUGUCAAGUACAUGACCACAAAGUUGUUCGAUUCGGAGGGUACGGCGGCGAUGCUGCUCCGGAAGGGCUUCAAGGACUAUCACGCUCUGACGAGCGACAGGAACGGGGUGAACAAUUACUGGGGACAGAUUAAAUCUCAACUGGCGGACGUGAGAAACAAUCCGCUCGAGUGGAGGUCGAGGUUGGACGACCAGGACGCCACGCUGAAUUUUAUAAAACCUCUGGCCUGCCAGGAGCUCAAUACUCUACCUUGCAAAGGAAGGUCUUACAGUGACAGGGAUAUUGAGAAAAUAAUACACAGGACGAAGGAUGCGCCAGGAAGAAGCAGGAAAAUCUCUUUGCAAGCAGCUUUUAGCAAAGAUCCCAGCCAAGCUUCACGUCGAGAGCUUUCAUCGAGGUCUAACAGCGAACAGAACGUAUGUACAUAUUUCGCAACUAGUCUCAGAAACGAUAGUUCAAGUAAGCAUGCGAGUCACGCCAAGCAGAAUGCACCCAAAGUGCAAUCGAGCGGCCAGCCCUCUUAUCCGAAUUUGGAUAAGUUUGUGCAAAGGGUGCCUCCCAAGUUAAACAUCGACACGAGUGGUAAAGCCUCGUACAGGCCGAUAAAUCCGCAUGUUCUACAAAUGAAGCCGGUUGCUACUCCACAGUCCAGCAGCAAGGACGCUAAAGCGCCCGAGAUCACGCUUGACUCGUUCAGAAGCGCCAGGGACGAAUUGUACAUCCAGCAGAUGAAGAAGAACAAGGCGGCGCCGAAGAAGACACUGGGCGGCCGAGGUGCGGCCAAUUCUCAAUUCGUCUGUCCGUUCAAACGCGACCAGGAGGAGUUGACGGCAAAAAACGGCAACGGAGUGCCGCAGAGCGGCAAGGCGGGCGCGGACGAGGUGGAGGACGAGAGGCUGAGGAACAUCGACCCGAACAUGAUCGAGCUAAUAAGAAGCGAGAUCAUGGACUCGGGUAAGACGAUCACGUGGGACGACAUCGCAGGGCUCGAGUACAUCAAGAAGAUCGUCAAGGAGGUGGUGGUGUUCCCCAUGCUGCGGCCGGACAUCUUCACGGGUCUCCGCCGUCCGCCCAAGGGUAUCCUGUUCUUCGGCCCGCCGGGGACGGGCAAGACCCUCAUCGGCAAGUGCAUAGCCUCGCAGAGCAGGUCGACGUUCUUCUCCAUCUCGGCGAGCUCCCUGACGUCCAAGUGGAUCGGCGACGGGGAGAAGAUGGUCCGCGCGCUGUUCGCGGUCGCGCGGGUCCACCAGCCGUCCGUCAUCUUCAUCGACGAGAUCGACUCGCUGCUGACGCAGCGCUCGGAGACGGAGCACGAGUCCUCCAGGCGGCUGAAGACCGAGUUCCUGGUGCAGCUGGACGGCGCGGCGACGUCCGAGGACGAUCGCAUUCUGAUCGUCGGCGCGACCAAUCGGCCGCAAGAGCUGGACGAGGCGGCGAGGCGGCGUCUCGUCAAGAGGCUGUACGUGCCUCUGCCGGAGCUCGAGGCGCGCGAGCAGAUAAUAAAUAACUUGCUGAGGUCGGUGCGCCACGAUCUCAGCGUGGAGGACAUCGCGCGGAUCGCGGUCAAGUCGGCGGGCUAUUCCGGCGCCGACAUGACGAAUCUCUGCAAGGAGGCGAGCAUGGGACCGAUCCGCAGCAUACCCUUCAGUCAGCUCGAGGACAUAAGGAUGGAGGAGGUGCGGCACAUCACGAAUGCCGAUUUCGAGCAGGCGCUCAUCAACGUGCGACCCAGCGUCUCUCAGUCGGAUCUCAAAAUUUACAUCGAGUGGGAUCGCACUUACGGAUCCGGCACCGCUCAGAGCUACCGGACCUAAUGUAACAUAAUGUAAAUAAUUUCAUUUUUCGGUGUACGAAUCAUCGAAAGGAGAAACUCUCUCUCUCUCGUGUCUUAUAUUUGUAACGUCAAGUUCUCCGACAGGUACGGGGUUUGUGCGAAGGAUGAAUAUAUUUUUAUAAGAGUUUCAAUUCAUUUUUACAUGUAUCACGAUUGUAAUAAUAAAUAUACGAUAAAUUAUUAUAAUAUUGGCUAAUGGUUGUCGAAACAAACGAUCUUUUUGCAGUCCAGUUGUGCCUUAAAACGCUGCAUUAUGUAAUUUUAGAAACGGAACAUAAAUGUAGUAUUGUUAUAUU